CUGAACUUGAGCCCUCAGAUGUUGGUUGAAAAUAAAACGCGGAAGCAUCUAGGCCUGUCUGGUCAUCUGUCAGCAUAUAUAAGGAAGUGCAGCUCCUCUAGAGCAACAGAGACUUCGCAACUACCUGUGAGAAAGUCUGCGGAUUCCUCGAAGAUGAAACUCUUUGUGGUGUUAGUGUGCGUGCUGGCAGGCUGCCUGGCAGAGAAACCUCGCCCAUGCAAAAGCCCUCCCUUUCUGACUGGAGCCCUCACUGUUUCCACACAGAAUGAAAAGCUGUGGGUUUAUGCCAAAUACCUGUACGAUGCAUGGGGACAAAGGGUCCGGCUCAUGGAGCUGGGGAACUACCAGAACAAGUCUUUCACCUAUGACGCCCUGCUGCUCUUCAGAGAGGCUGCCAUGUAUGAGAUCGACGACAAAGCUCGUACGUGCAAGAAAAAGCCUCUGAAGGCAGACUUCCAUCCUAUGGAAAUCCCAAUAAAUUCAACUCUGGUGGGCCAAGCCAUCCUGGGCAGCUCAUCUGGACCUGGUGAAGGACUCCUGGUCAACACCUGGACUGGAAAUCUUCCUGGAAACACAGGAAAGUACCUGACCACCUUCACUGAAUUCGGAUGCAUUCCAGUCAACACUAUGUACCAGACACAAGAGUAUGGAUGGAUGGUGACAGGCUUCUUCAACAACGUCGUUGGGAUUUCUGACCCCGGUCAGCUCAACCCCCCCGACUUCUGCCCAACAGAGAUGACGUCGAAUGGAGAGCAGCCUGAAGAUUUCAUCAGCUUGUUCUUUAAGCUGCAGUGAAGGCUUCGGCGGGCUUUUACCUUACGCAGUGCACUGAGAUCACCAAUGUUGGAAAUUGGCAUUAUAUAAGUAAAAAUGAAUGGCAUGUAAUUGCAUGUAAAAUGCUGUCUCCCCCGUAUUCCUGUUUGAAACAUGGAGGACGAGUUUGGCCUCAUUGUUCUUUCUGUGUAUCUCUAACCGGGAUGAACUUUGCAAUCUUUUUGGCAUGCAGAAAAUGAUAAAGCGGUUCGACAAAUCA